UCCUACACACUGCUAAUCAGGGGACCAAAAGAGUAAUGGCGAGCCCAGUGAUUGCCGUGUUGAUGCUGGUGUUACUGGGUGGACAGUCAGUGACAGGAAGAGUUCUCGAGAAAGUUGAUGAGCCAAGAAAUUAUGACUACACCAAGUAUCACCCUCUGCCUGAGAUCACGGCUUGGAUGAAGCAGAUUGAAACAGACAAUCCCGGAGUGGUAUCUAUCACCAACUAUGGGACGUCCUUUGAAAAGAGAGAAAUUGCAUUCCUCAAGAUUGGCCUGAAUCCCGCUGAAAACAAAAAGGCCAUCUGGAUGGACUGUGGUAUCCACGCCAGAGAAUGGAUCUCCCCAGCUUUCUGCCAGUACUUUGUCAAAGAGAUACUCCGCACUUACAAAACCGACGCCAAAGUGGAGGAGAUGCUCAAGAACCUGGAUUUCUACGUCACCCCUGUGCUGAAUGUGGAUGGCUACAUAUACACUUGGAAAGACAACACGACUCGAUUGUGGAGGAAAAACAGAUCACCACCAGGAACAACCACUUGCAACUGCACAGGCACAGAUCUCAAUCGCAACUACGAUGCUGUGUGGGGAACCAUGGGUGUGUCUUCAGACUGCUGCUCCAUCAUCUACCCUGGUACCGAAGCCAAUUCUGAGCUUGAGACCCAGGCUGUGGUGGAAUUUGUUGGGGCACGUAGUAAAAACAUCCUCUGCUUCCUGACCAUCCACUCCUAUGGCCAGAUGAUCCUCUUCCCUUAUGGUCACCCGCACAUCAAGGUCCCCAACUACGAUGAGCUGACUGUGGUGGUGGAAAAUGCAGCCAAAGCCAUGAAGGCAAUUCAUGGAAUGGACUACGUAGUGGGUGCCCUCACAGAAGCCUUGUACCCAGCCGGAGGCACCUCCAUGGACUGGGCUCGCCUCAUCGGUAUCCCCUUCUCCUUCACCUUCGAGCUGAGGGACAAGGGUCAGUACGGCUUUGAACUCCCCGAGGACCAGAUUCAGCACACUUGUGAGGAGGUCUAUGAGGGAGCUCGCAACAUCAUCACCUACGUCCACGACAAAACUUUCCACAAUGCCACUCUUCCAAAUGAUGCUGCCACAAUAAUGGCCACCGUGUGGACUGUCCUGGUCACUUUAUGCCUCUCUAGCGCACCCCUGCUGUAAACACUGCUGAUCUUGCGGCUCAUUAGCACCCCCCUGUGUGAGGGGGGGGAACAGUUGACAUAUCAAAUCUGUGCUGGGCUAGAGUGAUUUGCUUACUGUAGGAUCAACCCAUUUCUAGAAUUGAAUUGCAUUAUUCUUAAAGACAGCACAGAAUAAUAUUUUUGAAAAGGUUUGAACGAUUAAGAUGAGCAAGUAAAAAUAUGAAAUCAACUUUGCACAUGUCAU